AUGGCCCAACAAAGCUCACACGUGGAAACGCGUAUGCUUGACUCAGGCUGGCACCUGAGACAGUAUGUCAAGCAUCACCAAGACGAACAUCCAUGGCUUCCAGUCGAAAAGAUCCCAAGCGAAGUCCAUUUGGAGCUCAUGCGACACGGCAAGAUCCCGGACCCCUUUGUUGUUGAGGGGUCCUUGGGGAGCGAUGAGCUCGAGCCAUUUGUCAUUCACGCUGUCUUGUUCGUGUGUAACAAGCAGGUCUCGUACGACAUAUCUUGGCCUGAACCGAUCAAGUACCUUGACUUCACUGAUCGUGGUGUUGAGGUCAGAGAUGUUGGCGGUUCUAUGGUAGAGAUCUCAGCACAGAAGCCGGUCAAGGGCUUUGUGUUUGCGGAGAGACAGGGUAUGAAGCUCAGCGACAACGGGUUGGAUUUGGUCCCCGGGAAAGAGCCUAGACGAGUGCAUAUCGAAGUCAGUGACGAGAACCUGAAAGUAGACGAGUUGGCCUGGACAUUUGUUGGCCGAUAG